AUGCCAUCUCUUUACCACGCCUCAGCCAGCCAGAACCGAAGCUCCAUCGAGUCAUCUGGGCUUCGGCCGAACCCAGGUCGGUUGGGCAACCAUGUCUAUGCCACCUUCACUGAGGGCCAGGCCCGGAAGAUUGCAGAUCACUACGAGCAGCGCACCGGCCGUCCCCAAGAUGUGUGGCGCUUUGACGUGCCCACCUCUGGGUUGCAAAAGGUGGAGGAGCACCCCAGCUGGGCUGGCAUGAGUUCCUUCAAGGAGGUGUGUGUGGAUCAUGUGCCGGCGCACCAGCUGAGGCGUGUGUCUGGUUCGAGCUCGGGGGGUGGACUCAAGUGCCCACAAUGCCAUGUGAACCCAGCUGAGGAUGGCGAGGCUUGCUUCCAAUGCUACAUCAAGCGUGCGGUCGAAGUUAUGAUCGCCAGAAACUCCAACCGGUAG